AUGUCCUCCCUCGUUUCCCGCAUACACGCUUAUCAGAAAAAUAAAAAUUUAUACUCCAGUUUAUCUGAUAAGAUUAGGCAUCUCACUCCACCCAUCAACACCAAGUUGACGGGCUAUAUGCUGUUCCUCAAGCAGAACAAGUUGGAUGUCAAGGUGGCUGCUGAGAGGUGGAGCCAGCUCGACGCUGAGUCCAAGCACCGAUACAUCCAGCAAGCGUCCACGCUCCCUCCCAUCAACUCGCGCGGCACUAUCAACAAGCACGACUACAAGCUCAUCCGCAGUAUGCAAUUCGAGUUGCUUGAAGAAUUUCACCAGAAACACCCACUCAAACACCCACCAACACGCCUGAGACCGAAUGUUUAUCCAAGACACCAACGCAGUCCUCCCACUCCCUGGCAGCUCUUCAUUUCCGAGUUUAAACCCGUGCAGUCGAACCACCCCACAACAACCCAACAAUCCUUCUCAAACCACCUCAAACAGGCCUCCCACCGCUGGAAGCAUCUCAGCAACGACAUGAAAUCCCGCUACUUGAGCAAAGCCAACCUCAACAAGUCUCGUCAUGUCAUUGAGGAGAGUAAGAAGGGUGAAAAUUUUACACCUUAG